ACACUGAAUGGACUGAGAGGGGGAAUAACUUAUAACAUCACAGUCAGAGCCUAUCAACAAUUACUGGGACCUGCUAGCAGUGCAAUCAGUGUACAUAUAUUAGGUCCAGCUCAAAUUGAUAGAUUUAAGGAGCUUCCUGAUCCAAGAGACAAUGAGGUUGUUCAGGGAGCUGGGAGAAGAAAACAACCAGUUUAUGGACACCAGAACAAUACAAUAUCUCUUCAUUGUAAUUAUUUGAGCAGAGUACCAGCCAAUACCCAAUGGUUUCGGGUGUUUCUUAAUGGUACUCAAGUACCAGUGGAUACAAAUGAUUCUGCAAUCAACGUCACAGAUGAUGGAAUGAAUUCAAUCCUGACCAUAUUUCCUUUUAGUCAACGUUUUGCUGGUACUUAUCGCUGUAACACAUCAAAUGAAGCUGGAAGUGACACUGCAGAUGUGAUUGUUAAAUAUGAGCCUCUUGUAUGGUUUGCAUUUCCAUGGAGUCAAUGUAUCCCUGACUGUCAUCGUGGUGUAAGGAAUAGAACAGUUGUUUGCAUGACACUCUCCACUCGUAUGGUAAUAAUGGAUGGUUGUAGUCCUCCUCCACCUCCAAGUCAAGAAAGAUGUUAUCAAAAAGGACCCUGUACCCACUGGGUUGUUAGGCCUUGGUCAAUAUGUUCAAAGUCUUGUGGGGUUGGUUAUCAGAUUCGAAGAGUCCAGUGUCAAGCAACAUACAACAGUAAUAUCACAUUCAGUGAUUCAGAGUGUUUGACGGCACGCCCUCCUGUCUUUAGAUACUGUAAUUUUCAAGACUGCCCAUGCAGUGAACCAAGUUAUUGCAAGAUAAUUCUUGGAACUGAAUUGUGUUGGAGACCUGAGCAUCGAAGAACUUGCUGUCACUCUUGUCAAUAAGCUCUUUUGGAAAAAAGAGAGAAAACUAAUUCAAAUUUGACUGCAUGAUAACUUAAAAUGCAUGUAGACUAUAUAUUCACUGUAAUUUUUUUACUAUGAACUGUUCUUUGCAUGUAAUAAAAUUACAGUGAGGCAUGCAUGGUACCUUUUCAGUUUUGACACGUCCAAAAUAAUUGUCUUCUAGUGAU